AUGUGCCUUUUGGAGGAAAACUGCGUUGCAAUUCAGUUCACUUUCCGGAGAGGGUGCAAACUGCUCGACACGAAAGGAAAGUUUCAAGUUCUUACCGAUAACGCAAAAUUGUCGAAAACAGUCGUGUUUCUGCCGAGACUGCAAAGAGAAAAGAAGAACUUUAUUUUGUAUCAACUCAAAGUCAAAGCAAAUCAGCAACGCCGGGGCCAACUGAAGGCCUCUAAUACUACACAGUGUGCUUGCUCUUGUUCAAAAGAUGCCUUUUCCCAAGCCUUUGUGAUGUGUAAACCUGAGCAAGAGAGUUGGUGUCAGAACGCCCAGGGCAACUGCCUGUUGUAUUCCAAACAGCAAAUAACAGCUGUUGAGAAAGAUAUGCAUUCGGAGAUGCAUUUUGUGUGGAAAGAUUACACUCAAGUUACAGAGAUGUAA